UUCAAUCGAUAAAAUCAGAACGUGACGAAAGAUUUCCCGGGCAAACCCCAACGAAAAGCACAGCCAACUUUCUCAUUUUGCCGCUUCUUCUCACUCUCAUUCUUUUAAUUCAGACCUCUCUCUCUCUCUCUCUCUCUCUCUCAUUCAGACCUCUCUUCCCCUCUCCCUCUCAUACUCAUACAGUGAUACACUCAAAUACAAAGUGAAGAGCUUUCUGCACGUUUGCGUCUGCUUUUAAUCUGUUGUUACUAGGAGAAAUACACGAAGAUGACAACGGACACUGACGAACCUCUGGACUUCGAGUUCGAAGAGCCAGCGGUUUACAAUAAAAAGAAAAAGGUUAUAGGUUUAGAUGACCUGUUAAAUGACUUCUACAAGGAGGAUAAAAAGGUUACUAAACGGUCGAAGGUCCAAAAGGCCUUUGAUUCUGAUGAUGAUAUUGAUGAAAGAGAAGCGACAUUUCAUAUAUGUGUUAACGAGUUCCAAGAGAAGAUGAAUCAAAUAAAGGCUGAUGAUGAAAUGUCUUUGUGGGGUCUUCAAGUGUUUGGAUGUCAGAAAACUUUGCCAAAACUGGAUUUCCCUGAGCUAACGAGGUGCAGGUUUCUGCAAUCUUUCCUGAAACAUGACCUUAAUUCAUUGGUAGAACUCAAAACAGAUGAAGGUCAUCAGAGUUUCCUUGAGGGGUUACUGGUACAUGGCUGGCUUUUGAAAUUAAUCAGCUCUCAUGGUCGACUUGAAAGAUCCAUUGCAAAAUGGAGUUUUAAUAUGUUGUUAUAUUCACCACAACAACAGUUAGGAGCUGCCGCAUGCAGCUUUUGGUGUCACAUUCUCUCGUCUAAAAGUGAGAUUGACCUACACAACUUUGAAAUCGAAUGGUUACCAGGCUAUUCAGAACUAAUAAGUGCCCUUGAUGUAUAUGGCUUUCUAUUGGAUGCACCUUCAAAGGCAUCAUCAUCCAUGGAACUUGACCAUUUAGAUUCUGAUUCUUCUGGUCCACCACAAAAUAUAAGGUCUUGGAUAAAGUUUGUUUCUGUUAUUUGCCAAGUAAGGAACACGUGUUCAGUCUUCUCAACUGAAGAGGUAGAAGACCUGAUAGUAGUGAUAAUCUGCAUGUUUAUGGAUCGACAACUUCUUGGCCUCUCCCUAAUCUUGGAUGAGUGUCUUCACUCGCUUAUUAGUUUCUUUAGUGACAGUGAAUUUGAUGUCAGCUGUGUCAAAAUAGCCAAGUCCCUCACCUGCAGGCUGGCUACUGAUAUCUCUUGCUUGAGAGCUGUGGAUAGCAUUUCAGUGCUUGAUGCUCGUAGUAAGUGUUUGAAAAGUGCAGUAGCCUAUGAGUUUCUUGUAGCAUGUUUUGAUAGCAAGGUCUUUGAUGCAGAAGGGAUCUUAAAAUCUAUAAUUUCUAUUAAUCUGAGAGAUGAGACUUUUGAUCUUCAGAAAAUGUAUAUAUACCUGAUAUUGGUAGAAAACUGGGUUUUCUGUGACCCAAUGCUAAAAGACAAUCCAGAAGUAAUUGAGAAGUGGGGAGUAUGUCUGCGCAACUGCACCUGCCAAAUCAGCAGCACGGAUUUGAGGUCUUAUGCUUUAAAGGUGAGGAGUAAGGCUUCAUAUCUUUCUCAAGGCAAUGCCAGAAAAGCAUAACUCUGCCUUCCAAGUACCAGAUGGUUGGGUUAUUCACAGAUUUCUCCUUUUGUUUUGCAACUUCCAUCGGAAAUGGAAAUGAAAAUGGGAAUUGAAUGCAGAAAUUUGUAUUUCCCUUAGUUUUUGAGUUUUUGACGGAAAAUCAAUAUUUUGUAGAACCAACCUGACAAGGCUUGAUGUAUAUUGUAAUGUUAAAAAAAAUAUUAUCAUGUAUCAGAAACAACCUUAUAAUAUCAAGUUUAAAGAGUAUA